AUGAUUCAAGGUCUAAUUGCUCGGACUAUCAGGAACGAGCAUGUCAAUCCCUACGAUUAUUUGCAGCUAAACGCCCUGAACUACGUUUUGAACACAUGCCUUGGGACUGAGGUGGAAACAAAAUUUUCUCGCGAAAGACGUGAGGCUGUGCUCGGUCCGCUUAUUCAAGAGGCCAUAAAAUCUGACCGAGACAAUAUGAUUAAACAUAUGCACCAGCACCAAUCGGGAACUGGAAUAGAGGAUAUUGAUUUAACUAUAGCAGCAAGUGAUAUGAUAACCGCAGGAACCGAUACAGUAACUGCAGCAGGAUAUUGGUUUAUUGCUAUCCUCUUACAUCACCCUACAGUCUGCAAGAAAAUCAGUGACGAAGUGGACGCAUUUAUUAAGGAGCACGGUCGACUUCCUCUGCCAUACGAACGUGAUUCAUUGCCAUACUUUAUAGCCGUUCAAAAGGAAUGCCUGCGAUACCGGCCAUUUAUAUUCUUAGGUAUCCCUCACGAGCUUCAAAAGGAUGUGCAAGUUCAAAACUACCUGUUUCCUAGGGGUGUGCCAAUCUAUCCAUUGUUAUACGCAAUGCAUCAAAAUCCGGAUCGUUAUCCUGAACCAGACAAAUUCAUUCCAGAACGAUUUCUGGGUAAAACUGACACUGCUGCUGCCGCUGGUAAAAUCGAAGACCGCGAUAUUUUUUUGUUUGGCUUUGGCAGACGUGCUUGCCUUGGUGUCCAUGCAUCGAGAUGA